ACGGUGGUUAGUGGUUGUUACAAUUUGUAUGGAAAGUCUUGGAGUAAAUCUCGAUCCUCAUACAAGUCAACUUCUGUUGGUUGAUGCCAUCAGCCGUGUUUCUGCGAAUGAUUUUUUAUAUUGUUACAACCACUGGGCACUAACGACGGUCGGCUUACCGAUGUGAUGCGAGGAACCUUGCGCCGAAAUGUCAACUGAUUCAAUGACUGACAGAUGCGGACAGAGAGAGAGAGGAAUUGUUAUAUUAAAAAGUGACAUGCAAAAUAAGAAACGUGCUUACUAAAUCUAAAGUUAUCUUUCCUAAAAUUAUAUGCGAUAUCUUCUUAAAACUAGCUUACAAUAACCUUAUCCUAUUGAUUAUAUUUAAACCUACUGCUGAACAUUGAAAUUGCUAUACAACUAGCAUAAACUGAAUUAUGUAAGUAAAACCUAAAAUCAACCAUUCUUCACUUCACUAAUUAUCUGAAUUAGUCAGCACAUUCAUUAUCGCGGUCGCAGGAUUUGACCAUUGUUCGGUGCACUUGAUGGGCUGAAACUAAUUUGUAAGUCUUGAAAUAUGAUGCUGUUUGUUCAUUUCAAAUAAAAAUAUUAUUUACAGUUUGAGCUGAUUAAACCAAAACGAGCUGCUACAAAAUUUAGUUGUUCUACUGUAUAUCCGAACAAAUCUCAAAAAAAUUAUAACGAGAUGACUGGAGAAUGCAAGAAGUGCCACGGUCCGGACAAUGACCAAAUGGUAGCCUGUGAUGAGUGUUCCAGUUGGUACCAUUUCGCGUGUGUGGGUGAGUCCCCAGGGGUAGCGAAACGCCCAUUCUGCUGCUCCGAAUGCACGGAAGCUAGAAAGAAGAAAAACAAAAAGACAAGCAAAGUUGAUUCAGCGAAGCUGUUGGAACCCAGAGAUAAAAAAGCGGUAUCAUUAACUGGAGCUUCAUCGAGCAAAAGCGUCACAUCUAAAAUACAUGCUAGUGAGACUUGUCAAAAGAAAACGGCUAAACAGUCAAAACCCUUGGAGGAAAGUGAUGCAAAAUCCGUCGUAACCCAUUCCAGUCGUACAUCGCGAUCACGAUUGGAACUGGAAUUUAAUCGUAUGGCGGAAGAGUUAGUUUUGCGAGAAAAGCAGCUACAGGAUGAGAAAGCGAUUAAGGAUAAAAAGUUGGAAAUCGAUCGUUUCUUCCUUCAAAAGAAGUUGGCACAAGAAAAGGAGCUGAGAGAGAAGGAACUCGCUCAGGAGAAAGAACUACUUGAGCAGCAAUUGAAGGACCAUAUCGAAUUUCGAGACCGUCAACGCCUGCUGCGUGAAAGGUUUCAGAAAGAAAAAUAUGAAAUUUUAUCAGCCAAUUUGGACGAGGAAGGGGCGGUUGGAGGCGAUAUUGGAGAUACUCUACCGGGCGAAGAUGAGGAACAAGAUAAUGAGCAUAAGGUUCAAGACUGGUUAAAUAAAGAAGGAAACCAGAAAAUUCAUAAGCGACAUCCAAAGGUUCCUGAAGUGCCUUCCGUUGUUACGUCAAACCGAACCAAAGAAUCAUCCAAGAUUUCGUGCAAAAGACGGGAUGAUUCAAGCAGUGACUCGUUGGAAGCAAGCAACUCGGAGGGAGAACAAUUCGAUCGUGAGUCUGACCACAGUAAAAUCCCUGGCAGACAUUAUGGACCAACUAAGGCACAACGAGCAGCCCGCCAAAUUCUUUCAAAAAGGCUUCCCAUAUUCACCGGAAAAUUAGAGGAGUGGCCGCUGUUUUACAGCAGUUUUGUCAAUUCUACAGAAGCGUGUGGAUUUUCACACAUUGAGAAUUUAGUACGCUUGCAGGAAUGCCUGAAAGGGCCCGCACUUGAGGCUGUUCGUAGUAGGCUGCUGCUACCACAGGCCGUACCUCGAGUUAUUGAGACGCUCCGCAUGCUAUAUGGACGUCCUGAGCAAUUGAUCCAUACGCUCCUGAACAAGGUACGGAAAACAGAUUCGCCGAGAGCGGAUCGUUUGGAAACGUUUAUUCCGUUCGGAAUCGCAGUACAAGAACUUUGCGAUUAUUUGGAGGCUGCACGGUUCCAUGAUCACCUCGUUAACCCUCUGCUCAUCCAAGAGCUGGUGGACAAACUCCCAGCACCCACUAAGCGAGAGUGGGUGCAGUUCAAACGUUUUGAAAAGCCUGUCACACUGCGCACAUUUGCUCAGUUUACAUCAAAAUUAGUCGCCGAAGCUAGUGAAGUCACACUCGUAAUGGAUACAAAAACAAAAUCCGCCAAGGGGAGAGGAAAUGAAAAAGGAUUUGUAAGCACGCAUUCAGGUGAGCAAAGCGUGCCUUCUGUUAAACGUAGUAGCCAAUGCCGAAUAUGUCAGAAGGGUGACCACCGGGUGCGAAAUUGUGAAGAUUACCGUCGUCUAAAUCUAGCAGAACGUGUGAGGAUCAUGAAUCAACAGAAGCUUUGUGAACGAUGCUUAAACGAACAUGAGGGUUGGUGCAGAUUUAAAAUUACUUGUAACGUCGGCGAAUGUCGGCAGCACCACCAUCCUCUGGUUCAUCGAGAACGAUCGUCUGGUUCAUCGAAUCACCAUCCUGCUUUGGCACCGACUAAUGGAAUCAACUGUGCACAUGUCAACACUUCAGUAUCAAUCAUCUUCAGAAUCGUUCCAGUUACAUUAUUCAAUGGAACGAGGUCUUUGAACACGCUUGCAUAUUUGGACGAAGGAUCAUCACUUACUCUUAUUGAGCAAAGCCUCAUUCGUGAUUUGAGAGCCAGUGGAAUAUCGCAACCUUUGAAACUUCGUUGGACCGGGAAUAUUGUUCGUCAAGAGCCCAACUCAGAAUGUGUAUCUUUGGAGAUUAGUGGGUUGGACAAAGGUCAACGGUUUGACUUAAAGGAGGCGCAUACCGUGGAGAGAUUAUGCCUACCCAAACAAAAAAUCAACCUCCGUGAGAUUAUACGCCAACAUCAUCAUUUGAACGGUGUGGAUACAGCCGACCUAACUGGAGCUCAACCCAAACUCCUAAUUGGACUAGAUAAUGCCUACCUACUAGCACCUUUGGAGUCCCGUGUAGGAAAUCCAGAUGAACCGAUUGGCGUUAGAUCGCAUCUGGGAUGGUCGGUCUAUGGACCUAGGCAAACCACGACGUCAGAUGCAUAUAUCGGACAUCAUGAUGAAUGUUCCAAUGAGGACCUGCAUAAGCUGAUGCGCAAAUAUUUCAUGAUCGAAGAACAGGAGGGAACAGUUCAUCAACUUCCUGAAUCUGAUGUAGACCGCCGAGCUAGAGAAAUCAUGCAGAAGACGACUAUUAAACUGGACGGUUUCUACGAAACGGGCCUAGUUUGGAGGUUGGACGAUUUUUCAUUCCCAGAUAGUCUCCCGAUGGCAUUACAGCGACUUCGAAGCUUGGAACGCCGUCUGAAUAAAAAUCCGACAUUAGACCAACGAGUUCGACAGCAGAUCCAAGAAUACCAGGACAAAAAAUACAUUCACAAGGUGACCGCCGAGGAAUUAGCUAACGCGAAUCCAGCUCGAGUGUGGUAUUUACCCAUCAAUGUCGUUUUGAAUCCCAAAAAACCGGAUAAAGUACGAUUGGUUUGGGACGCAGCUGCACAAGUGCAAGGAGUGUCUUUAAAUUCCAUGUUACUUGCUGGCCCUGAUUUGUUGGUUCCACUGCCUGCAGUUCUUCAACCAUUCAGGGAGCGAGAAGUCGGUUUCGGAGGUGAUCUGAAAGAGAUGUUUCACCGGUACAAAAUUCGUGAUGCCGACAAGCAAGCUCAGCGCUUCGUGUUCCGCACCAACCGCGAAGGACAACCGGAGAUCUUCAUCAUGGAUGUUGGAACGUUUGGCGCUUCUUGCUCCCCAGCAUCGGCUCAAUACAUCAAGAACCACAACGCCUCCCAAUACGCGGAACAUUUUCCAGAGGCAUCUCGUGCUAUCAUUCGUCAGCAUUAUGUUGAUGAUUACCUCGACAGUGCUGACACCGUCGAGGAGGCUGUGGAGCGCGCUAGACAGGUCCGAUUUAUUCAUUCGCAAGCGGGGUUUAUUGUCCAUAAGUGGAUUUCGAAUUCACAAGUAUUUCUCGAAGAAAUUGGAGAACGUGAGUCGGUCGACAAGGUAUCUCUCCAUCUAGACGAAGAAGCUGUGGAACGUGUUCUAGGGCUUAUCUGGUGGCCCAAGGAAGAUGUCUUCAUGUUCUCAACCGCUGUACGAGAAAAUCUAUCCCCGUAUCUACUUGCUUCGGAUAGACCAACGAAGAGAAUAGCGCUCAGUUGCAUUAUGAGCCUUUUCGACCCUUUGGGCUUGCUAGCACCCUUCACCCUACAUGGAAAAAUAUUAUUACAGGAUCUGUGGAGGAGCGGCUGCGGAUGGGACCAGCAUAUUAAUGACGAUUGCUUCGAAAAAUGGACGUGGUGGAGAAAGUCACUCUCAGGAGUUGAGAAGCUGAAGAUACCUCGAUGCUAUUUAAAAGGAGCUCCACCGUCAGCUUACGAUACCGUACAACUUCACGUUUUCUGUGACGCCAGCUCACAAGCAUAUGGUUGCGCUGCAUACUUCCGUUUAGAAACACGUUUUGGGAUCGUUUGCAGUUUGGUGAUGGCUAAAACCAAAGUAGCUCCCCUGAAGCAACUUUCAAUUCCUCGAAUGGAGCUUCAGGCAGCUGUUCUUGGGGCUCGAUUGUCGAAUACGGUUGUUGCAAACCAUAAAAUAAAAAUCUCGAAACGCAUACUCUGGUCGGAUUCUAAAACUGUGCUAUCCUGGAUUCAGUCCGAUCAAAGGAGAUAUAAACCUUUCGUCGGAUUCAGGAUUGGAGAAAUUCUGCAAGAAACAUCCGUUGACGAAUGGCGGUACAUACGAACAAAGAUGAACAUUGCAGAUAUAAUUACCAAAAAACGGAAAGAAAGUACUUUAACCUCAGACGGAGCGUGGUUUCGUGGACCGAAAAUAUUGUACUCACCAGAAGCAAACUGGACAACAAUAAACGAAUUAUCACCAGAUACACCAGAGGAGCUACGCGCAUGUCAUCUGUUCCACGGAGCAGAACUGAGUUUGGGAUCAAUUAUCGAUGUCACUCGUAUAUCUCGGUGGAACGUACUGCUUAGAACAGUAGCAUGCGUCCUUCGAUUCAUCUCCAACUGCAGAUUGAAACAGCUGGGGAAACCGCUUGAAGCUGUACCAACCACUGAAAAUGUCAGUAAAUUUAUACGACGAACUGAAAGUUCUAUCAUCAUGCCCCUGAAGCAGGAAGAAUAUGAGGUUGCCGAAAAUAUCCUGUGGAAAUUAGCCCAACGCGAUGUAUUUGGAGACGAAAUCACAACGCUGCUUCGGAAUCAACAGUCACCAAAAGAGGACUGGAUGACGAUUGAGAAGAAGAGUACCUUAUUUAAACUUGGUCCCUUCUUAGACGAACAUCAGGUUCUACGAGUGGAUGGACGCUUAAGUGAGGCUGAACAUAUUCCGUACGAUACACGAUUUCCAAUAAUUCUGCCCAAAGACCACCCAGUGACCAAUCGCUUAUUGGAACAUUAUCACCAACUUUUUGGUCACGCUUAUAAGGAUACAGUUGUCGCCGAGAUACGUCGACGAUUCUACAUUCCCAAAAUACGAACGUGCGUUGCGAAGAUCAUUGGGAGUUGCCAAUCGUGUAAAGUAAGGAAGACUAAACCGCAAACACCUAGGAUGGCACCACUCCCUGUUGAGAGAAUAACACCAUUCGUACGACCCUUCAGCUAUGUAGGGAUUGAUUAUUUUGGCCCUAUUGAGGUGGUGGUUGGUAGGCAUCUGGAAAAAAGGUGGAUAGUCCUCUUCACAUGUUUUUCAGUACGCGCAGUUCAUUUAGAAGUGGCAUACAAGCUAGAUACUGCAUCGUGCAUAAUGGCUAUUCGACGAUUUGUGCUACGGCGAGGACCUCCAAUCACCAUCUUUUCAGAUAACGGGUCUAACCUCAAGGCGGCCAACAAGGAGCUCCAAGAGCAGAUAAAACGAAUAGAUUUGGCCUCCGCGAACGUGUUCACCAACGCUCGUACAAGUUGGAGAUUCUCGCCACCCUCUGCGCCUAACAUGGGGGGCGUUUGGGAGCGCAUGGCGCGCUCCGUUAAGCAGGUGAUGUCGGAACUGAACGUCGGAAGAAGGAUGAACGAUGAGAUUUUGUUGACAGUGAUUGCUGAGGCAGAGGAAAUAGUCAACUCGAGACCUCUAGUGUAUACGUCUCAGGACUCGGAGUCUGCAGAAACACUUACACCCAACAGUUACCUCAGAGGAAUUACGUCGUGCUUACAAAAUCCUGCCAUCCCUCCAACGGACCAAGCGGAAGCUCUUCGGAACUCGUACAAGCGCUCGCAGUUCAUUGCUGAUGGACUCUGGGAAAGAUGGAUCAAGGAAUAUUUGCCUACUCUGAACUAUCGCAGUAAGUGGUUAGAAGAGCAUAAACCCUUAGAACCAGGGGAUCUCGUAUUCAUCGUUGACGAUCAUGGAAGGAAUGGAUGGAUACGCGGUAAAAUUGAAACAGUCAUCAUCGGUAAAGACAAACGGAUCAGGCAGGCUAUGGUACGUACAGCACAAGGUCUAUAUCGUCGUCCAGUGAACAAGCUGGCAGUGAUUGAGGUGGCAUCUUCUUGUAAAUCUGUUCCUGAAGCUAGUUCCGGACAAGGUUUACGGGCCGGGGAACUGUUACAACCACUGGGCACUAACGACGGUCGGCUUACCGAUGUGAUGCGAGGAACCUUGCGCCGAAAUGUCAACUGAUUCAAUGACUGACAGAUGCGGACAGAGAGAGAGAGGAAUUGUUAUAUUAAAAAGUGACAUGCAAAAUAAGAAACGUGCUUACUAAAUCUAAAGUUAUCUUUCCUAAAAUUAUAUGCGAUAUCUUCUUAAAACUAGCUUACAAUAACCUUAUCCUAUUGAUUAUAUUUAAACCUACUGCUGAACAUUGAAAUUGCUAUACAACUAGCAUAAACUGAAUUAUGUAAGUAAAACCUAAAAUCAACCAUUCUUCACUUCACUAAUUAUCUGAAUUAGUCAGCACAUUCAUUAUCGCGGUCGCAGGAUUUGACCAUUGUUCGGUGCACUUGAU